AUGAAAGAUGAAAAUGAUUUUGGAUUGAGUGGGAAAGGUUAUGAGUUGAUGAUGGAAGAGAGUUUGAAGAAUGACAUGAACAAGAGGUGGCGUGGGUCGUGGUCGCACGAUGGGUUAAUUUCCUGCACUUUCAUUUCUGAAUCCUCCAUCGGCAAUUCGAUUCAACCUUCUGCGGCGGCGUCGUUUCUUGCUUUCGCAAUUGCAUGCAUACUACGUAGACCAACACAACAACAACAACUUACAAUGGAUCUAUUCAUGACUCCGAGGGGAUCUGUGUCAUCCAGCAUUGGAGACGCUGCAGAACUUGAGGCCAAUCUCACACUCAGUGAUAGGCUCAAGGUUUUCAAAAGCUCCUCUUUUGAUCCCAAUGCCUAUGUCGCCUCCAAAUCCCGCACCAUGAACGAAAAGGAGAUAAGACACUUGUGCGCUUAUCUUCUUGACCUGAAGAAGGCUUCGGCAGAAGAAAUGCGUAAAAGUGUUCUUGCUAACUACUCAGCCUUCAUACGUACAUCCAAAGAGAUAUCUGAUCUUGAGGGAGAGUUGCUUUCCAUGAGAAAUCUUCUAUCCAACCAGGCUGCUUUGGUUCAUGGUUUAGCAGAUGGGUGCGAGCUUAGUCCCAUGAUUAGUGGAAAUGAAGACUCAGACAUGGAUAAUAUACUAGAUGAAAAAACAGAAAUAUCCAAGACAGAAAAAUGGCUAAUAGGAUAUUUAGAAACCCUUGAAGUUCUAUUAGCGGAGAAAAGAGUGGAUGAAGCUAUGGCUGCUUUGGAAGAAGGAGAAAAAAUGGUAAAAGAAAUUAGUGAAGGGGGAACUUUAAGUUCGAGUUUAUUUGAGGCAUUGCAAGCUGCUAUUGCUGAACACAGACAAAAACUAGCUGAUCAACUAGCAGACGCUAUCUGCCAGCCAUCAACUCGCAGUUCAGAGAUUCGAUCAACAGCAUUGUCAUUGAAAAAACUUGGGGAUGGUCCUCGUGCUCAUACAUUACUACUAAGUUCUCGCCAAGAAACAAUGCACCGUGGCAUUAAAAACCUUCAAUCCAGCACUUAUGGUGGAGUUGGGGCAUUUACGGCUAUCCUUUCACAGCUUGUCUUUUCCACCAUUUCGCAGGCAGCAUCAGAUUCUUUGUCAGUAUUUGCUGAAGAAGAACCUGCAUAUACGUCUGAGCUAGUAACUUGGGCAGUUGCACAGGCUGAGAAAUUUGCUGCUCUCCUUAAGAAGUGCAUUCUUGCUUCUACAGCUGCUGCAGGAGGUUUGAGAGUUGCAUCUGAAUGUGUUCAUGUUUGCAUGAGUCACUGUUAUCUGCUAGAGAAUAAAAGUGGACUGGCCCUUUCCCCUGUCUUAAUAAAAUUUUUCAGACCCUUUGUUAAGCAAGCACUGAAAACAAAUUUGAAAAGAAUUGAACAAAGCAGUUCUGCUCUGGCUGCUGCAGAUGAUUGGGUACUUGCUUAUACUCCAACCAGCAGCAGGCAUUCUGGCCUACCUCCAUCUUCUUCUCACAUGAACAUAGGUUCCUUCCAACCAAAGCUUUCAAGCAGUGCUGACAAAUUCAACUCAAUGGUUAUGGAACUAUUUGAAGAUGUAGGGCCUCUUGAAAUACUACAAUUGGAUGUUCAAGCAGUUGAAGGCCUUAUACAUGAGUUCAACUUCUAUGUCAACUUACUAAUAAAUGCAUUGCCAGGAUCAGUGGUAACUGAGAACCUGGAAGGGCCUAGAAUUGUUAAGGUUGCUGAGACUGAAGCACAGCAGAUAGCAUUACUAGCAAAUGCAAUACUGCUGGCAGAUGAGCUGCUUCCACGUGCUGUUGUCAAGUUUUCACAUAGCAGCAGAGGUGAUGACUCUCAGAGAAAAGGAUCAGACAAACAGCGUGAACUAAAGAAAAGGCUCCAACGUGAAGUUGAUCGUCUGCGUGACAGCUUUUGCCGGCAACAUGCUCUUGAACUUAUCUUCACAGAAGAAGGAGAAGCGCGUCUAAACGCGUUAAUAUAUUUGGGAUUGGAUGGUAACGUAGAACAGCCUGAAUGGUUUCCUUCUCCAAUUUUUCAGGAGAUUUUUGCUAAGCUUACCGAAGUGGCAAGCAUUUCAGCCGACAUAUUUGUAGGAAGGGAAAGAUUUGCUACUGUUUUAUUGAUGAGACUCGCGGAAACAGUGGUCCUGUGGCUUUCUGAUGACCAAGCUUUCUGGGAAGAGGUUGAGGCAGGAUCAACACCUUUGGGUCCCAUAGGCCUUCAACAGCUUUAUUUGGAUAUGCAAUUUGUGAUGAUAUUUUCAUCCCAAGGCCGUUACUUAUCUCGUCAUCUGCAUCAAGCUAUUAAAAACAUCAUUGAAAGGGCUAUUAAUGCUCUUGCUGCUACAGGUCUAGAUCCCAACAGUGUCUUGCCUGAGGAUGAGUGGUUUGUUGAAGUUUCUGAAAUAGCUAUAAAGAUGUUAACAGGGAGAGCUGCCUUUGAUAGUGUAGAGGAAGAUAUUCCUAGCCCCACUUCAUCUGUUCAAAUGUAG